UUUAUUGCUCUUCCAGUCCGCUCCCACGUCUUUUACUUCCAUCUCUCUCUGCCCUCUCUCGGUUCCCCCGCCGUCCUUCGUUCUCUCGCUGUCCUUCACUUCACUCCGACUCUGAUGCUCAAUGCCCGAAGCUAAACGACAUCAGUUUCCCUUGUUUACGAUGAAAAAAUCCCGAAAUUGACUACAACAACAACAAAAAAAAAGGGAAAAAAACAAAAACAAAAUCAUUUCCUUCAAUCCCAUUUCCAUGGCCACAGCAGCAACUACCACUACCCAGCUUAAAGUCCAACCAGUCGCCAAGCCCAAGCGCCGCAAGUGCCGUGGCGACGCUACCACCCCUCCCACCAACAUUACCUCCGCCGCCAGCCCGGAGCCUGAAAUCCUGCCGACCCCUCCAGACUCCCCCUUCCGGGUCCGGUUCUCACCGUCGCCAGGCAUGGAGUACACCUCCGGGCACCACGAUGGCAGCAACGGGUUCACCAAGUUCAACUCUGCUCUCACGGCGGGGCUCCUCAACCCACUUUCUCCGCCGCCUCCCCCGCUGCACGAGAAGGCCCGAUCCAGUCCCACCCUCUUCGAGAUGAUGGCCAGCGAGCCCGACAUCCACCCUCGUGCCCAGAUCCCCACUCCCCACCAUCCCAUUAUGAACCCUUUGACCCCCAAAGCUCAGGUUCCACCUCCAGUGGAUAGGCAGGCAUUAGCUAUGCAGCGGAUUUCGGACAUUUUGGCCUCGAAAAGUCCUGGGAAUCUCUUCAACGACGCCGCUACGGGCGACAUCAAGCUUACCCUGAGCUCCAAGGAUGGAAUCAGCGUCUCCAUGAGCGUCCAUCGACAGAUUCUCGUGGCUCAUAGUCGCUUCUUCGCAGUGAAGCUGUCUGAUCAUUGGAUAAAGCAGCAGAGGGCGAGGGUGCCAUACAUUGUGGAGAUUGCGGACUGCGAGGAUAUUGAGGUUUACAUUGAGGCUCUGAGGUUGAUGUACUGCGAGGACUUGAGGAGGAUGCUCAUGAAGGAGGAUGUUAGCCGCGUUCUCGGUAUCUUGAAGGUCUCGGCAGCAAUUGGCUUUGAUGCAGGGGUAUUGUCCUGUUUGGAAUACCUUGAAGCAGCCCCAUGGGCUGAAGAUGAAGAAGAAAAAGUAGCCUCAUUACUGUCGAAGCUCCGAUUUGAUGGAGUUGCUGCCGGUGAAGUUCUAAAGAGGGUGUCUGUGGAGGUUUCCAACGGAACCGAAGAGGGAGGGGAGAAUGAAGAUGUUCUACUGAAGCUUCUGCAUGUAGUUCUUGAAGGUAAGGAUGAGAAGGCCAGGCGAGACAUGAAAGGGCUAGUCUCUAAGAUGCUCCGUGAGAACUCUUCACAGACUGAUAUCAGAAAGGACUCUUUAUAUUCCGCUUGUGAGGGAUGCUUGCACUUGCUUUGUAAGCAUUUCUUGCAGGCUGCAGAAUCAGACUUGUCUGAGGUUGCUCAGAUUGCUCGGCAGGCUGAUAAUUUGCAUUGGAUUUUGGAUAUAUUAAUCGAUAGAAACAUUGCUGAGGAUUUCCUAAAAUCAUGGGCUUCACAAUCCGAACUAUCCACAGCUCAUCCUAAAGUACCUGCAGUCCACAGGUUCGAGGUCAGUGGGGUGACAGCGAGAUUGUUUGUGGGUAUUGGGAAGGGGCAGCUUUUGGCUUCGAAGGAUGCGAGGUGUCUGCUUCUAAGGACCUGGUUGGUGCCCUUUUAUGACGAUUUCGCGUGGAUGAGGAGAGCUUCAAGAGGGCUUGAUAGGCACUUAAUUGAAGAGGGUCUCAGCAAUACGAUUCUUACCCUCCCUCUGGCCUGGCAGCAGGAGAUAAUGCUUGCUUGGUUUGAUAGGUUCUUGAACUCGGGCGAGGAUUGCCCCAACAUACAAAGAGGGUUCGAGGUUUGGUGGAGAAGGGCUUUUUGGAGACGGAAUGGGGAGCAGCGGCCACUGAGGCAGCUGCAGAUAACUGCCGGACCUGCUGAGAACUCAUGAAAAUUUGUGUUCCCAUGGCAACAGCAGAUGAUGUUUUUCUUAAGAUCACAUGGACUUGCAAGGAUUUCCAAAUGCUGCAAAUUUACAUUCUAUUUCAACAUUGGGAUCGCAACACUCAUGGGUUGAGUCAUUGAAGUCCUCGGUACGGUUACCGUGCAUCCUACUAGACAUCAUGUGAAGAGUUCUGUUAUAGUGGAUUAGGCUUGCUGUGGAUCUAUGUUCAUGCUUGGCUAAUUUUGGAAAUGAAUGAUAUAGUCGGUAUUAAUGAGGGCAGCUAUGUGAAUUACUUACCUCAGUUGUCUCGCCGAAAAACAGGAACAGCGGCAAUCACCGCAAUUGUGAAAAGAUGCACGGUUUCAACUACUAUAUAAUUUUUUUUCUUUUUUCUCCCGGAAAACGGUUUCAGUUGCCCAUAUAAUUUAUUUUAUUUCGGUAUAUAUGUUGAUUACCUAUUAUGAGUUGUUGCUCAUUUUAGUGAA